AUGGCAGCAGCCCUUGUCUCGGAACGAGAGCGGCUGGACCUCGUUCAGCAGAGCAGUGGCAUCUUUGCCACGACGCAAGAAUGGCUCGAGAAGGCCAAGGCGUCCCGCUCGUCGCCUGAGUGCAAGGAGCAAGUGAUGACAUUGCUGGAACCGUUCACUGUCUACGGAUCGCUGGAUGCCGUCACGGAGUUGUACCUGAAGGACGACGUGAAGAUGGCACUGGACUUUUCCAAGUCGCGAGAGCUCGCCGUGCUUCAGUCUCCUACACAACAGCGAGCACUCGACCGCGUGAGUCUUCGAUGGUCGCUCUUGCACUCGCCAAGUCGCCUCGUGGCCACAGACCAGGACUUUUGCUACCUGGAGGUCACGAGACCGUUUGAAACGGCGAGUGGCCGUCGCGGCUGGGCGAGGUGCUUGCACUCGGUCCAACACAAGGCGUGUCCGACGUUUCGAACGUCCUACGGAGUCGAUGUCCAUCGAGCUGAGCUUUUGUACUCGGGACUGUUCUUCGAGGAGACCGACGAGCUGGGCGUGCUCAAAGCCACUGUGUGCUACCACAUCAAGCGAGACCACGUGACGCCUGUGCUGAUUCAAAGGUUGUUGAAAGCGCAGUCAAGACGGACGAUCGAGCUAGUGAAUCAUUACCUCAAGAUGUCGACAACGAUGCUCAAGUCGAGGAAAGUCUCGCUCACGAGAGCGCUGCAGCUACACGCCGAGAGGCGCUGUGGCGCCUGUGCGAACCAACUAUCGGCGUGGAAGCCCAAAGAGCGAUGCGUUCUAUGCAGAUCGUUGAUGUGCGACAAGUGCAACGACAUCGUGUCGCGGAACUACAGGAUCGAUCGAGUCGCGCAAGGACGAGUUGUGUGCUUCUCCUGCGCACACCGACACGGCACGAAGACGGCUUUGGAGAGCGAGACUCGAUCGGACGACCAUAGAGCAAGAGAUAGCAGACAGCAGUCUACUGAGACGGCACACGAGAUGAUGACAGCUUACCAAGAAGACGGACCGCAUGAGGAUAGUAUCUCGUCGCUCAGUAGCGACGAGAUCCUUCAUUCAAAAUGCCAUGACGACGAAGGUAACCCGUUGCUCGUGCCUGCGCCGAAGCGCUCUUCGCGCCAACAGGCUGAGCAGCAGCUAAAGCGCCGCCAGCAAACGUUGUCUCGCGAGUCAGACUUCCUCCCGCUAGAGACGCUGUCUUUGCCAACGGAUCAUGCCACAGCUCGUCAGCAACAACGGCGACGCUGCAGUACGCGAGUGUCCAGUCGUCGGCCCAUUGUCCGACGGGACAAAAACGUUGUCACACGUAGCCGCAGUCUGACGGCGAUGGGGGGGCCUUCCACCAGACUAUCCACCAGAGCGCAGCCAACGGCGUACGUGCCCUCUCGACACAAGAUCCCUCUGCCUGACGAUGGGCACCAGCGCGACAAACGCACUGUCCACAUGACCUCUUCUCCGGUGCGUAGCCACGUCGAUGCUGAGCUUUCGUGGCAGCGGAAUCAGUGCAUGAAUAACGCCGUUGUCCUUCGACGACUGCAGCGUACAGAUCUCGCACCCCGAGCUGCUACGCGCCGAGACGUCAUGAUCGCCGUUGCACGCCCGUACGACUUGUACCGCCAGUCCAGCUGCAAGUCCUACCAGCCGUCUCUACCAGAACGUCAUUGCUCGUCAUCAACGAUCACAAGUCACUUGCAGUUGUCUUCGACGAGGUACUCGAAGGCACACCCGUGCGACUUGUCCUACGUAGCCGCGUUCAGGUAG